AGAGCCGCAGCGCUGCGAGGAGUCUCCACAGAGCCUCCGCGGCGGGCUGCCCUUUAAACUGACUGCCGCGCACUUUGGCAAGUAAAAGGGAAAUCGAGAUCUCCUCUUCAUGUCUCUUGAUCUUCACCAGACUAGAAGAACCUGUAGUUCUUAGAGCUGUGUGGAAAGUGACCUGUUGUGUUUGUGGAAGCUCUGGAAUCCCGCAGGAGAAGGAUCACUCAGUGCUGUGGCGAUCUGCCAAGUACAACUUGUUCUGAAACCCAGUGGCUCUGAGAAGUUGCAUUAUCAACUGAAACACAAUGUCAGCUUAGCAGGAGGACAUAACUGUGAGCUGACACCCUGCACAGCGAUGCAAUACAGUGCUGACACCAUCAUUGGAAUUUCAAGCUAAAACUGUGAGAUAGAUGGACAAGUUCAAGUAGAACCAAAUAAGAAGUUCAAAGGAUUUCAAAACCUAUGUGGAUCAAGCUUGUAGAGCUGCUGAAGAAUUUGUCAACAUUUAUUAUGAGACAAUGGACAAAAGAAGGAGGGUUUUGACCAGACUCUAUCUGGACAAAGCAACGUUAGUGUGGAAUGGUAAUGCAGUGUCUGGGCAGGAAGCACUGAAUGAGUUUUUUGAAAUGCUGCCAUCUAGUGAAUUCCAGGUUAAUGUACUGGACUGCCAACCUGUUCACGAGCAAGCUACUCAAAGCCAGACAACAGUCCUCGUGGUGACAUGUGGGACAGUCAAAUUUGACGGCAACAAGCAGCGCUACUUCAAUCAGAACUUCCUGCUGACAGCGCAAGCCACUCCUACCAACACGGUGUGGAAGAUCGCGAGUGACUGUUUCCGCUUUCAGGACUGGGCCAGUUAGUGGGGACGGGCUGUGGGAAGUGACCUCUUUCCUUCGGCGUGCUCCAAGUUAGCUGUACGGACAGCUGUUCUGCAGGCCUGGGAAAGGCUCACUCUUCCUGUUGCAUCCUCGUUAUGGAGGCUCUACGGACAUCUCUGCAUCGAUCGAUCCCAAUGGUUGUGAUUUUAGUAGUCAAUAAUCUUAAAAUGUAAGAGGUUGCUGAUGGUAGUGAACCUAUUGAAGUGCUGAAGGCAAUAAGCUGUGUUGGUAUCAUUCCUAAAAUGCCUUAUGUGCAGCCGUGCUGCCACUGACAGACUUUUUGUACGUAAAAUUGAAUGCUGAAACUACUUUGAACUCAAACACCUCUUAACAUACAGUUCUGACCAAACCAGUAAUUACUUCAACUUGAAAAAACAUUUUUUACAACAGCUUCUCUCUUUUGAAGAUGGUAUUUGUGCAUAUAUAUAGAAUUCUCUAAGUUACUUUCUUUCAGUUGGUUGUAAAAGGUUAGAAAGGAUUGGUAAUGAUUCCUGCUGUCUAUGAAAGUAGCAAGUACAGCUCCUGAGUGUGUAAUGUCUCAAAAGUGAUCGAUUGGAAAGCUAAUGUUAACCUUCCUUGAUGUGGAAAAAUUGGAAAGAUUAAGUACUCUUCAGGUUUCAAUUUGACGUAAGUGUCUCAGAAUUUGGUUGUGGUUAAUAUACAUUGAUUAAUUUGUGGGGAAUACUAAGUGAUUCAGAGACAACAACUCUGCUGUAUGCAUGUAAAGGACUUCAAAUGGAUUAUCUUAAGUUUGAAGUCUUGCAGUAUAAGAAAUUAGUUUACUACAUUGCUGUCUGCUUUAAUUGUUAGUUGUGUUGCUAUAAGGGAUGAACUGUUUUACUGUUUUUUUUCCAUCUUCUGCCAAGUUUUAAAUUCCUAUUUUGUUGUCUGAGUAUAUACUAUUAAAAAAGUGACUCUGAAA